AAGUACGCGACGCCGGCGCCGCGUCCGAUAUAUGUAAGCUGUAUGUUGUUUGCGGGACGCGUGCGUGAUAUAUAACGUGAAAAACUGGACAUCCAUUCUUUCCGUUUCCUUCCGAGAAAUGACUACAUCCGACAGUGAUAAAAAAACGCCGGGCGCGGAAUUCGCGAUCGGCGCUUUAGCGGCUGUAGGCGCUGGCUUCUUUACGAAUCCCGUGGACGUAGUGAAGGUACGACUACAGUUGCAGGGUGAACUGGAAGCACGAGGUUCGUACAAGAGGAUAUAUAAAAACACCGCGCACGCGGCGUAUCUCAUAGCCAAGCACGAGGGCGUGCUCGCCCUGCAGGCUGGACUCGUGCCAGCCCUUGCCUUCCAAGUCGUACUCAAUGGUAUUCGUUUGGGCGCGUACAAAUCCGCCCAGAGAUACGAAUUGAUUGUCGACACACAAGGCAAUACCAAUAUCCUGCGGACCGUCCUGGUGUCCGGCAUUGCCGGUUGCGUUGGCGCCGCACUCGGCAGUCCAUUUUACUUGGUCAAGACGCAGAUACAAGCGCAAUCUGCGACAUCCAUUGCCGUGGGCUAUCAGCAUAGUCACUCGGGAUCAUGGGACGCUUUUAAGUCUCUCUGGGCGGAAAAUGGUGUUCGGGGCCUAUAUCGAGGAUGGUACGCCGGAUUGCCGCGCAUAUUCGUCGGCUCGGCGACGCAGUUGACUACCUUCGGAUUAGCAUCCGAUUGGUUACGCUCGCUGGAUAUAUUUCCAGAUCGUCCGAUAUUGUUGACCUUUCUGGCCGCCACGAUCGGAGGCAGUUGUGUAGCCGUCACCGUGCAGCCGUUCGAUGUUCUAGCGACGCGGUUGUACAAUCAACAGACAGACGCAAUCGGGAAGGGUACCUUGUAUAAAGGGCUUGGAGACGCGUUCGUCAAGAUAUUUCGCACAGAGGGUUUGACUGGCCUAUACAAAGGAACGUUCCCAACAUGGUUAAGAAUAGCGCCGCAUACGGUUCUAUGCUUGGUAUUUUACGAAAAACUGGAUCAAUUAUAUGACAAAUUUAGUAUACAAUAAGUGCUAGUGUAUUUUGAACAAAAUAAAUUAUGUAUAUAUAUUUACUCUAAAUACAACAGAAAUAAGAAUUUUGUAAAUAAGAUCUUUUAAGAACAUAGAAUUAAAUAUUGCAGAUCUGUUUGGAAUAAAUUGAUGUCAUAUAUCGGCA